GGGGGAAGCCUGGUACCCAGCUUUUAUAGGCUAUGUAUAAUAACCCAGGACCUGGUUUCCAGUUAGGUGGUGAGCUACCUGUGUUGUGAAGCGUGUAACUAAGAAUCGAGGUUUUUUCCCAAAGCUCCUCUUUCCUGAGGCUGAUUCAUAUCUGCCCUUAUUGUUAUCUGCUGUGUUCACAUGGGGUUUUUUCUUUUGUUAGUCUGUUUUCCUUCCGCGUUUUAAAAGAAUAGCUUAUCUGUAUGCCCCAGUAGGGUGUGACUCACAAAGAUCACAAGCUUUUUACAGCAAGCUAAAGCCCAGCCUGCUGACUACAAGAAAAUAGCUGAGGUUUUCAAACACACGUGCCACACUGUCUUUGCAAAAGGUGAUGAUCGCACUGAGAUGCGUGCUGGUGGUAGCACACACCUCCACCGCUGACAGGCAAGUGUGCUCAGAGUCAUCUCCUCUUGGAGAAUUACUGCUUUUGUGCUUCAGUGCUUUUCAUUUCUGCUGCCCUGUCCUGUGAAGGACAGGAGCAGUAGGACACAGAGGUGUUUCUGGACACAUUGGUUGCAGGUAUGCAGUGACCACAGCUCAAGUCUUGGAGUUGGAAAAUGAGCCUUCAUCUGAGCUCUGCUGUGACGAACCUUUGCAAUGGAUGAUGGAGCAGACUCUCUGAUGACUCUGCACCUUCUCACCAAUUCAGGACACUCGUUGCUUCUGCAGCAAACUCUGGAUCGGCUUUUGGAGUGGAUCUGCCCCGACGUUCGACUUUUCCUGGUGGCUGAGCGAGUUACUCCAUUGAAAUACUACAAGAGAUAUGGUAAGAGAAGCUGUGGCUUUCCUGGAAUAUCUGUUCUCCUUUUCUUACAUGAGGACUUGGGAGAGGAACGGAUUUUCCAGGUCUAUGAGCUCUUCCAGCAUCCGCCCUGGCGCUACCAGUGUGCCCAGAUUGCUAAUGGACAAAGCCACCCCUAUGCCCCAGCUCAUCAGGACUUCUACGGCCUGGAUGACCAGAUGCCUGUGUGGGGCAUCAGGCGGGUGCAUUGUGGCCCUGAAAUCCUGCGUGUCACCCUCUACUGCAGCUUCGAUAACUAUGAGGAUGCAGUGAGACUCUACGAGAUGAUCCUACAGAAAGAAGCAACUAUGCAGAAAAGUAACUUCUGUGUCUUUGUGCUGUAUGCAACCAGAAAUAUUGCCGUGCAGCUUUGCUUGAAGCAGCUGCCCAUCGGGGUGGCUGCUGAGCCAAAGGAGUCAUCUGCCUUGCAGUUCAAGGUGCAAGAAAUCGGGCAGCUGGUGCCUCUUCUGCCUAACCCAUGUAUUCCUAUCAGCAGCACCAGGUGGCAAACACAAGAUUAUGAAGGAAAUACAAUUCUGCUACAGGUUCAAGACAGCUCAAAGCCCCAUGAAACAAACGUUGGGCUUUCCCGUAAACAUAACAAUGCGGGCAAAGAAAAAAUCCUGCAGGACUCUGUCCCAGCCCCUCUCCCUGUAAAGUGGGGUAAUCCUGGGCAGAGAAGCCGGGAGGUGAGACCUACAAAGGGUAAAACAAAAUCUGACCGAAGCAAAGCCCUUACUCCUGAGCAAGCUGGCGGUGACCUCCAUAGGCACGUCCGCUCUCCUCAUGGUGGUCCAGCAGCCCCGUCGCGGUGGGAUGCCACCGCCCUCCACAGACAGGUGAGCAGGGAGCUGCAGGCCUCUCUCCAGGAGAGCAGAGUUCAUCAGCAGGCAGUGGAGACCAACGUUGACACCGGCCUUGCCGUGGCAAAUCCUGCAAGUGGCCGCUGCCCGCUGACCUGUUUCUCCAGGGACCUGCGGAGCAGCCUCCUCCAGCCGCGAGCACCCAUGGAUGGGGCUGGCAGCACUGUGCCCUCCCAGGACAGGACCCAGCUCCUGUUUGCUGCAUCCAAAAGGAGUAAAGGAGCAGGGCAAAGAGCUUCGGGCUUCCAUUCACAAACACCACAAGCUAGCCGUGCAAACAGAGAGGAGGAGGAGGAGGAGGAAUUCUUUAUAUGACUGAAAACAAAUGUGCCAGAUGGACUUAUCAUUUCCAAAUGACAGCACAGCACUUCUGUGUGUAUUGUGCCUCCUUGUGCUGUGACUGCUGAUGCUCAGCUUAUCUCUGUAGUUGUGACAUUUCAGUAAUGGGUUCAGCAAGAUACCACUUGCCUUCCAUGGAGUGGUGCUAAGGAGGCUGCAAGCAAAGCAGGGCAAAUAACACUGUAUUUACAGAAAGGUUUAUUUUUUUAAUCCAGAAUAGGUUGGAGGAUUAUUGUGCAAUGAAUAGCAAUAAGCCAUAUGACACCUAGAGCUGUUCUAAAUUGUUAAACAAAAAAAAACAGUGACGUCUUCAGAUGGGGUUAGAAAGUGUAGUUAUCCAAAGCUGCCCAAGCAGCUGGAUGGCCCUGGCCAUGGGGGCUCAUCAUCCUUGGCUGGGACAUCUUGGAACAAGGUAGUGGCAUGGUCACAGUUGUUACACCGAUUUUCCUCUGCAGUCCUUCUCGCUUCCCGUUAUUUGUAUUUAAAAGCUAUCAAUGUCAUCAAUUUUAUGCAAUAUGUGAAACAUAAGAUUGUUCUUUUAAAAUAUUUUUGAAGAAAAAAUUUCCAAAGAGACCUCUUCCCCAAAUUAGCACAGUACACACAAAAAGCAAAUGCUUGCAGGGAAUAGUUUGAGCUGUUUAUGCUCCAGUAAGACCUGCUGUUGCCUAUUCAUAUGACACUUAACAAAAUAGCAACAGGCCAGGCUUUGUAGACCAGUGAGCAGUUAUCAGCAGGCAAUCCUAACUGGGUUUUAAUUAACAGAAGAGAAGAGAAGGUAAGAGUGCUGGAGGGAACUGCUGAAUGCUGGAGGGUAAAAAGGACAGGAGAAGUGAAGUAAUGUUUCAGCAACAGAUGCUGAAAUAACUCCCAUCUUGAUGAGCAGUUUUCUCAGGUAGGAUUAAGUAAAUCUCAAAGGGAAAGAGAUGGGAAGGACAUGACAGAAAAACGAAAUUACCAAGAGCCAAAUCUGAUCAUACUUACCUUCCAAACAGCACAACAAAGAGGUAUUUUUUCCUUUUCUGAAUUCUGCUUUACAAAAAAAGUGUGAAUUUGUUUGGCGAGUGGCUUCUCAUUGCCUCUUCUUGGUUUGUAACUCGAGUUUGACAGGCACUAGCUUCUUGCAGCCCAAGGAGAGGCAGAGGGUGAUAGGCAGCAGCAGAGCCCUCCUGCGGGGGGGUUCUGCACAAUUUUAUGGGUGUUCAACACUUGUACGUGUGCCAGCUGAACACAUCGCGUGCUGCACUGCCACAGCUUCGUCACCCAGGGAAGUCCAAACUCACCCCUCUGCUGCUGGUGGGCUGUGCAGCCCAGUGGGACUAGAGAGCAAUGCCAGUGCUGGAUGUUAGCUUGGGUUUCAGGAAAGCCCAGCUUUUCUGGGUUUAAAGAUGCAGCCAAGUUGGUCUGAAGUGCUGCAGGUGGGAAUAGGGCAGUCCCUGCUCUGUGCCCUCGCAGCUGGUGUUGACCUGGAAGCGAUGCUCAUGUACCCUUUGAUUUGGGGACCUAAACCUGCAGAAAACUGAAUAGGACACAUUUCACUGGACACUAACAACCCCAUGUUUUCAUAAGUUCUGUAAAAUUUUUGACUUUUUAAUAAAUCAUACUGUGAUAUUUUACAACUAUGAGA